AUGGCUUCUUCAAAAGCUAAAGAGUCUGCUGUCCAAAAAUGGAUCGAUUCUGCUACCGGCUUACCCAACUUUUCGCGCCAUACAACCGCAAACCUCGAGACGCGAACUAUUGCAGGAGCAGAGCUCUACUACGAGGGCUUCUACGGCUCAAUUGUGGCCGCGGCGAAGGCGCUUGGCGUGCCCUACAAGCGCCUCUAUUAUCGAGUCAAUGGGCAUCACUCAACGGCCGAGAAUGGGGGCAACCGUGCCCUGCUUGAUUCCUCGGAUGAAGAGGAGGUAUUUUGCGGGGCACAUCGCCGCAUCACACAGGGGCACCACAUCCAGGGUCGUGCGCUCCAACAACACGCCAACGCCAUUCUCAAGGCAAAGGGCGUGGGAGCUACAGCAUCGCGAGCCUGGGCCAAGCGCUUUAUACAGCGGCAUAGAGAACUCUUCCACCGUCGAAGAGCAGCAGCGCGAGACAUCAAACGGAAGGCUAUGCAAGAUCGCAUCCACGUUGAGGCUUUUUUUCGCGGCUGGUCUCAAACGAUCGAGAAAGACGAGAUUCUCCCUAAGAACACCUGGAAUUUCGACGAGACAGGCUUCAUGGUGGGAUAUCUACAUAAAGGCAUAUUUAUUUGGACCUUCCGCGAGAUUGAUACCCCUAUUUUAUCUGACGCUCACGAUACAGUGUCGGUCACAGCGAUUGAGGCUAUUUCUGCAGCUGGGAUCCAAAUUCCUGCCCGUUGGGUUACCAACAGCCUUGACGACGAUACCAUCAUUUCAACCAGCCAAAAGGGGUAUAUUAACGAUGUCAUCGCGAUUGAAUGGAUCAAACACUUCGAGAAACACACGAGACCGGUUGAUCCACUUCAGAAGCGGCUUCUACUUAUGGAUAGCUGUGAUAAUCACUAUACAGAAGAGAUGGUUCACUUCUGCUUCGAUCACAACAUUAAGGUCUUCCCAAUGCCUCCCCAUCUUACACAUCAGCUUCAACCUCUUGAUGUCGGCGUUUUUAGGUCAUACAAACACUGGCAUCAACAAGUUCUACAUCGUGAGAUUGCUGACGGGGCAUAUGACUUUAACAAGUCCGAUUUUCUAUAUCAUCUCCAAGAGGUCCGCACUCGCACCUUCAAAAAGCACACAAUUCUCUCAUCUUGGCAGAAAUGUGGCCUCUUCCCAUUCAAUCCCGGGAUCGUGCUCUCCCAGCUUCAAGACACGCUCUCGUCGCUCACAGAAGAACGAGCCUCAGGGCGGGCCUCAGGCAGCAAGACCAUCAACACCAUCGCCACACACGCCGCCUCGAUUCAACGAUUCAACUGGAACAAUGUUUCAACGCCGAGACUCAACCUCUCUACGAUUCAGAGGUAUCACGCCUACGUACAGCUUCGUCUAGCCACAUCAGUUGACUCCCACAUGCCGUUGACUCCCUCCGUCACAUACGUCUAUGAGAAGGCGCGGAAAGCCGACAAAACCCUCGCUCUCAACGGCAUCACCGCAACGGCCGAGAUGACGAAGAUAAAAGAGAAACAAGCCAAGCGCUCCAGUCUCCAGCAACAGACAACUAUUGUAGCGAGAUACGGCCCAUUAAGCGACGGUGACGCUAGAAUUCGAGUCGCCCGAGACGAAUACAAUAGACAAGCGGCACAAGAAGAGGAGGCACAGAGAGUCAGGAAUAAGGAGGUUCGCGACGAAGCUGGCUAUAUACGCCGCUGGCUUCGCAAGGUACGCUUCAACGUCAGGAUUAGCAUCACAGAGGCGAAGAUUCGAGACAUCAGAGGUCUCUGGGCCAAGGGCGACAAGCGCGCACACCUCAAUUGCAAUGAGUGGAUGUGCGCAAGCUACAGGAUUCUCCGCGAGCUACACAACCGCGGCGUAGGGCAAAGCAAGGCGAUCAUGUGGCCGGAGUACUAUGAUCGCGAGAUUGUAAAGGAAGCAGCCGAAUUAGUGGUGAUGGAGGCAAAUAAGCGUGCUAUUUGCCGUCAGACGCUUUCCUUGGAAGCUGACGGCAUCGAGAUGCGAUAA